UAAUUUACCAGACUCGUACUAGCGCGUCAUUUUUCAAAUACUUCAAGAUCAAUUCUACGUAUUGUUUCCAUCGCAGAUUUAUCUGAAGUCUUCGAUUCUAUUUCUGCAUGCUAACGCAUCGGUUCGGCGUGAUGAAGCUGGGAACUAAAUGCUUCGAGUCUUUACUUCGCGUCCUUAUUUUUGUUGACACGAAAUUACAUGAGACUAAAGUCUCUGAAUUUCUCAGUAUUUUUUAAAUGGCAGGAGAAGUAAUCGUAGAUGCGUUACCUUACAUCGAUCAAGGAUACGAUGAGCCCGGUGUCAGAGAAGCAGCCUUGGCGAUGGUCGAAGAAGAGACGCGGCGAUAUAGACCAACGAAGAAUUACCUAGAGCAUUUAUCGUCAUUGAAUAUAAACGCUUUUGAAACGGACGUGAUGAAACAUGAAUUUGAGCGAAUGCAAAACCGUUUGCCCAUGGAAGUACUCAGCAUGAAACGUUAUGAGUUGCCUCCUCCACCUCCAGGCAAGAUGAACGAUCUUGCUGCUUGGAACGAAAGUGUGGAGAACAGUAGCGCGCAACUGGAACACCAAGCUACUAGAAUUUGUAAUCUUGAAUUAAUGAUGGAAUAUGGAUGCGAAGCUUGGAAAUCGUAUCUGGAAAUUUUAGUUCAAUUAGUGGGCCAAGCACAAAAGCAACUCCAGUCCCUGAGAAAAAAGAUUCAGGAGGUCAAUUGGCAAAGAAAGUCUAUGCAAACUCAAGGAGGGGAGAAGCUGAGAGCAUUAGAAGCCCAGUGGGUGGGACUGGUGUCGAAGAAUUAUGAAAUUGAACAGGCUUGCGUUCAUUUAGAGGAAGAAAUACAGAAAUCCAUAGUGAAUAAAUUGGAGGCUGUUGAAAUUAAUGAUGUCCCAGGAGAGGAAGAACCUGACAUUCCAGGAAAAAGUGCUACGGAAGUUAUGGCAACAGAGAUGACUCAACAAGAUCAAGACGAUUAAAGAAUCUGCGAAAUUGUAUAAAUGGACAUGUACAGAUUGAUAAGUGUGUUUAAUAUAAAUAUUUAAAUAUAUGUAUGUAUAUCGUUUGAAAUUAAACUUUGCCUUCAACUCUUCUAGUGGACUGUACAGUGGUAGCGAGUUUGCGCAGAAUUUUGAAUGUGACUGUACCAACAUGGCAAUGUUUGGUCAUGUUGGAUGCUAACUACUGCUAGUUACUGUACUGAAGAAAUUAUCCUCAUAUGCUGUGAAAUGUACGGAAUUAAUAAAAAAACAGUCAUAUUGAUGGAACAGUAA